UCGCAGCCCAGACGCCGAACACCUCCGCGUCCCCAAGGGCUUGACCGCCUGCGUCCGCGCCGCACCCGGGGCAGAGCUCAGAACAGGAGAGGGGAGGGGGCGCCAGCGCCGGCCACCGGGCCCUCCAGCCACCCACCCCUCCCGACAUGUCGCGCUCUUUCUAUGUCGACUCGCUCAUCAUCAAGGACUCCUCGCGGCCCGCGCCCUCGCUGCCUGAGCCGCACCCCGGGCCAGAUUUCUUCAUCCCGCUGGGCAUGCCAUCCCCGCUGGUGAUGUCUGUGUCGGGGCCCGGCUGCCCGUCCCGCAAGAGCGGCGCGUUCUGCGUUUGCCCACUCUGCGUCACUUCGCACCUGCACUCCUCUCGUGGGCCGGCGGGCCCCGGCGGCGGGGGCGCCGGGGCGGGGGGCGCAGGGGCCGGGAGUGGUGGGGGAGCGCCGGGGGGCGCCGGGACCCUGCCCCUGCUCAAGAGUCAGUUCUCUUCGGGUCCUGGGGACGCGCAGUUUUGCCCGCGCGUGAGCCACGCGCACCAUCAUCACCACCCGCCGCAGCACCACCAUCACCACCAUCAGCCCCAGCAGCCAGGCUCGGCCGCCGCUGCCGCAGCCGCGGCGGCCGCGGCGGCGGCCGCGGCGGCCUUGGGGCACCCUCAGCACCACGCACCUGUCUGUGCCGCCACCACCUACAACGUAGGGGACCCGCGGAGAUUCCACUGCCUCACCAUGGGAGGCUCGGACGCCAGCCAGGUACCCAAUGGCAAGAGGAUGAGGACGGCGUUCACCAGCACGCAGCUCCUGGAGCUGGAGCGGGAAUUCUCCUCCAACAUGUACCUGUCUCGACUCCGGAGGAUCGAAAUCGCGACCUACCUGAACCUGUCGGAGAAACAGGUGAAAAUCUGGUUUCAGAACCGCCGGGUGAAGCAUAAGAAGGAAGGGAAGGGCACACAGAGGAACAGUCACGCGGGCUGCAAGUGUGUCGGCAGCCAGGCGCACUACCCGCGCUCGGAGGAUGAGGACUCCCUGUCGCCGGCCUCGGCCAAUGAUGACAAGGAGAUUUCUCCCUUGUGAGGGAGAGAUGCCUCCGCCGCACCACACGCUCCUGGCAGCCUCCACGCCACCAACGCGCCUGGCACGCAGGGCGCCAGAUCCUCAGCCGCUGCGUGGUCCCAUUUGGAGAAGGAGGGAGCUGAGUACUGGCCGAGCGGAGUAGUCUGGCCUGACCCUUCGCAUCUCCUCCUUGACCUA